UCUCCACUCACAGACUCACCUGGCCACUUUCUGCACCCACUAGCCCUGCCUACUGAUGACAUCACAGACCUGACUUUCAGGGUUUGGGGCAGACACUAGAUGAGUGACGGAGGAGAAGGGAGGAAACACCUUGAAGCUGCUGAUCUGUGGUGAUUCAUCAAGAUAUCUGGAGAGGUUUCCUAUCCCUUUGGGUUUUGCAGCAGCUGAUUGAUGAUGGCAGAGGCACCAGAACUCUUCUCAGAGCAGGAACUGACCUGCUCCAUCUGUUUGGACCUGUUCACUGAUCCGGUUUCUACCCCCUGUGGACACAACUUUUGUCAGGUGUGUAUCGGCGGGUACUGGGCAUCCAGCUCGGUCUCCACCUGUCCUCUCUGCAAACGGCAGUUUGACGAGCGACCCCAGCUCAGCAUCAACAAGGUCUUUGCUCUGAUAGCAGAUAAAUACAAGCAGACCCAUUAUGGUGCCACGGGGUUUUCAGCACCACUCCGGAAUGGGUCGCUGGACGCCAUGGAGGACAGUAGGAGUACGAACCCGUUCUUGUCACCGUCUCUGGCAGCAGUAGCUCCAGAAGAUGUGGUGUGGUGUGACGUCUGCUCAGGUGUUAAACAACCAGCCACCAGCUCCUGCCUCACCUGCACCGCCUCAUACUGUAACGAGCAUGUGCAGCCUCAUUACAACACCCCCUUCUAUGCCAAACACCCACUUAUGGACCCCCGGGAGGCCCUCAGGGGUCGCACCUGCUCCGUACACCGACGCCUGAUGGAGGUUUUCUGUAGGACCUGUCAGCGCUGCAUCUGUGCCAUCUGCGUCCUGGAGGAACAUCGCACUCACAAAACCGUCUCUGUCCAGACUGAGAGACUCGGAAAACAGAAACAGGUGGCGAGGACGGAGCAGGACCUCCUGAACCACAUCAAAGAGAAGGAGAUCCGCUUGAGUGACCUGAAGAGGAAGCUGGAAGGCGUGCAGAACUACACAGACAAAGAACGAGGUGAUGUCGAACACCUUCUGGACGAAGUGUCGGCCAUACUGGACAGGAUCCGGACUCACGUGGUGGGUGGGAUCCAGAACCAGCUGGAGGCUGUGAUGUCAAAGGGGGAGGGGCUGGUGGACCGUCUGGAGGCGGAGCUUAGCCAGCUGAUGGAUCGAAGGGCCACGCUCGAGGCCCAGGCCGUCAGUCAGGAUCACAUCAGCUUCCUGCAGAGCUUUGAGGAGGUCACGGCUCCUCUGAAAGAGGAGCAGAAGGAUGGCGUGGAUGAGGAGACUGAGUUUACUCUUCACUUCCAGCUGGAUGAUGUGAAGAGCAGUCUGUCCGAUGUGAAGAUCAAAAUAGAUGAAAUCUGGAUGGGGGAGGUCCGCCCAAAAGGUUCUAGAGACUCCAAAGACUCCUUUUCACCCGGUGACCUGAUGGCAGCUGAGAGCAUGAUGAGUCUGAGAGGAAGCAGGGGGACUCUGAGGAUGAGUCAGUGGUCUCUGAAAGAUCCAAAGAAGAUGAAACAUGUUUCAGGACUCAAGAAAGCCCGGGUCUACAUUGAGGAUGUGACGCUGAACCCAGUGACGGCGUACCCAUUCCUGAUCCUGUCAGAAGACAGGAAGCAGGUGAAGAGAGGAGAGAAGCUGCAGUUUUUCAGAAACAGCCAUCAGAGGUUCGACGUCUGGUCUUGUGUGAUCGCGAAGGAGGGGUUUAACUCUGGACGUCACUACUGGGAGGUUUCUGUUGGGGAGAACAAGGACUGGAAACUGGGUGUGGUCAGUGAGUCGGCCCAGAAGAAAGGCCUGUUUGACAUGAGUCCCGCGAACGGGUACUACGCCAUCUGGUGGAGCGGCAGCCAGUUGAAGGCACUGACGGCACCGCCUUUGACCAAGGUGAAAGGUCACCAUCCGAAGCUGCGACAGGUGGGCAUCUUCCUGGAUGUGGAGAUGGGUCAGGUCUCCUUCUACAACGUGAAGUCGGGCACAGAGAUUUACAGCUUCCACACAAACACCGAGUUCACAGAGAGGAUGUUUCCUCUGCUCGGCACCGGAGACAAAGAGGUCCCUCUGAUCCUCGCCACCACCCAGCAGCAUCCCGCCUGAGGGGAAUCAAACCAGGACCAGGUCUAGGACUGAAAUGAGGCCCAGAUUCAGACCUUUGGGAAGAGGAAAAGAGGUGGUGUGGCACUCCUGCAAAACAUUUACUGUGAGGAACACCACUGAUGACAGGACCCUCAAUUAUAUGUUGCAAGGGAAUCAUUGUCUCCUUUCAGAUGAUGUAAAAAAAUGUCCUGGAUUGGAUCGCUUUGAUGAAACACGUCUAGAAAUGGAUAUAAAACAAAUAAUAAAAUCUAAACACUGACAUGAAUUUAACCAGUGAGAGAAGAACAAGCAGCGAGGAUUUUCUUUUUAGUGCCCAAGAAGAACUGAUGGCUAUUUUUAUUUGACAUCAUAAACACACUAAGAACUGCUGUUCUGUUUAAACCACUAAUGCAGUGAUUUAAAAGUCAGAGUUUAUAGACAUAGUUAUCAUGUAGUUGAUGGAAGCUUUUUUGUGCUGAGAAGAUGUAAAGAUCUUUAGUUUGGAACAAAUAGAACUACUUCUGUUGAGUGGAUGUUAUUUGGGUGGAAAUGUGGACUUUUUCUUGCUAAAUUAAUAAAAUAUGGAAAGAAAACCA